AUGGGCUAAGUUUGUAAUAAGUUUAUGGAAUGCUUUGGUACAACCCAAAAAGAGCAAAUAAGCAAUCAUCGAGGUCAUGCACAUUAUCAUCGCUAUAAUGAUUAAGAAGAAGAAGAUGGAUCUGCAAUUAAUAAUGAUGCAAUUGGUAGUAAGAAAUCAAAGAAGGUGUUUUAUUCUCAAAAUUAAAAUUAGCAAUCUGGCUCUAAUAAUAAGGUAUAAAAAUAAAAGAAUCUUUAAAAUGGUAAUUAGGAGAAACUUGGUGUUGACUAGAAUAACAAUCAAUAAUAUUUAGAUGAGGAUGAAGAAGAUUCUAAAUAGAGAGCAAUUAAAAAAAAUGAAAGUUCAAAAUAUUUACUAAAGCACAGCAAUUUAAGUGCUAUUAUAGAGGAGGACGAACAUAAAGAUUCGUUUAGGUAAUAGAGCAGAAAGCUUUCUAGGGAAGCUAAAAAAAAUUAUUAUAAAGAGACUUAUGACAGCGAUAAAAACUGCAUAUUGAUUUUGUAAAAUACAGAAUCUAAUCAUAGCCUAGCAAGAUUUGAAGAGAAUAGCUUUAGUCUGAUUCAUGAUAUUUAAUUUGGCGAGGAUAUAGCUAAGUUUUUACCUGAUUAUGAAAAACUAACAGCAAAAGCGAUGGAAAAUUUAACAAAUAUACUCAAUAAAGAUUACUAGGAAGAAGGUUACACUCUCGAGAACAAUAAAAGCGAAACAGAUGAUUCUGGGUUUUAUUCGCAAGUUUAUCUUAAGCCAACAGAAGAUGGCAAAUAUAAAUAUUUUAAAAUCAGAACUGAGUAUAAUCUUUAUAACUGCACAGCAAGGGAAUAUCUAUAAUUUACAACUGAUCCUAUUAGAAGUAUGUAAAACAAUCCAAGUAUUGAUGCAUUUAAUCAUGUUGCAUGUCACGAUGAUUAUCAUAUUAUUUACAUCCUUUAUAAAAAAGUACUAAUUUGCUCACCAAGAGAUUUUAUAUAUCUUAAAUACAAUAAACAAAUUGAUAAUAACACUUACAUUUCUGUAUAGUUCUCUUUCGAGACUAGCGAAUUUCCCUAGUAUUAAGGGAAAGAAAGAGGAAUAAUUGUCCUAAGUGGUUCUAUCAUAACUGAAGAACUAGAUAGCAAUGGUAAUAAAUUCAUAAAAUUAUCUAAUUAUGCAGAGUCUAACUUAAAGUUAACUGUUUAGCAUAAACUAAUGAAAACAUCAACUGUAAAAGAAGUAAGUAAAUUUAUAAAUAAAAUGUAAGAAUUAUUUUUAAAGCAAUCCACAUCAUAAUUGCCAAAAAUGUGA